AUGAGUGGAGUCCUUACGAGCCCGCCGCAGAGCGCGCUGUCUCUGAAUGUUCUCGAGGGCAGAGUGGAACCUCAAUGGGCUGUUUUACCACCUGCUGUAGUGAUUCCCGCUCCGCCACAGUACAGUUCCCAUACCAGCACCAAGCCCCCCAGCACCAAGCCGUCCAGCACCAAGCCGUCCCGCAUCAAACCGUUCCGCACCAAGCCGCCCAGCACCAAGCCGCUCCGCACCAAGCCGCCCAGCACCAAGCCGCCCCGCACCAAGCCGCCCCGCACCAAGCCGCCCCGCACCAAGCCGCCCCGCACCAAGCCGCCCCGCACCAAGCCGCCCCGCACCAAGCCGCCCCACCCCCGCACCAAGCCGCCCCGCACCAAGCCGCCCCGCACCAAGCCGCCCCGCACCAAGCCGCCCAGCACCAAGCCGCCCAGCACCAAGCCGCCCAGCACCAAGCCGCCCAGCACCAAGCCGCCCCGCACCAAGCGGAUCUGCACCACGCCGCCCCGCACCAAGCCGCUCCACAACCCCCCGCACUACGCCGCUCCACAACCCCCCGCACUACGCCGCACCACACCGUACCACGCAGCACCGGGCAAAGGAGGUGGGGCCGCCGUGUGA